UGAAGUGUGCAAAUAACUGGAUUGCUAUCGGGUGUUCUGAGCCGCUCUUCAUUAACAUUUUUUGCAUAGUUUCUUUGUGAAUUUGAGAAUUGUUGAAAACUAUGGAUUGGCUAAAGUGUGUGAUUUAAGGUUUUGGAAACUAGCAGACUUGGCGUGCGACGGCGGCGGUGACGGCGACGGCAACUAAAACGACGACGACGUUUUGGCCUGGGAUUAGGACAUCGUCGCAACGGCGAUGUCACCGACCGGACAAAUAGCAAAGACGCCCACGCCACACGACAACGAUAACAAUAGCAAUAACGAUCAGCGUGAAACAUGGAGCGGCAAGGUGGAUUUUUUAUUAUCGGUUAUUGGAUUCGCCGUCGAUUUAGCAAACGUCUGGAGAUUUCCCUAUUUGUGCUACAAAAAUGGCGGUGGCGCCUUUCUUGUGCCCUAUUGCAUUAUGUUGGUUGUGGGUGGAAUACCGCUGUUCUACAUGGAGCUGGCCCUGGGACAGCACAAUCGUAAGGGCGCCAUCACGUGCUGGGGGCGUUUGGUGCCGCUAUUCAAGGGCAUUGGCUACGCGGUUGUGCUAAUUGCCUUCUAUGUGGACUUCUACUACAACGUGAUCAUUGCGUGGUCGCUGCGUUUCUUCUUCGCCUCCUUCACCAGUGUGCUGCCAUGGACGUCGUGCAACAACGUGUGGAACACGCCCAAUUGCAAGCCGUUCGAGGGCCAGAAUACGCGUCCUUUGGUUGGCAAUCUGAGCGACUUCUAUGCCUUCAACAAUCAGAGUCUUUUCUUUGCGAAUGAGUCAUAUACGAAUGUUACAUUUGCCAGCUUGGCACCCGUUGUGCCCGUGGAGAGAUUCCAAUCGGCUGCUUCCGAGUACUUCAACCGCUACAUACUUGAGUUGAAUCAAAGUGAGGGCAUCCACGAUCUGGGCAAGAUACGCUGGGACAUGGCUCUGUGUCUGCUCAUCGUCUAUCUGAUCUGCUACUUCUCGCUGUGGAAGGGCAUAAGCACCUCGGGCAAAGUGGUCUGGUUCACGGCGCUCUUUCCUUAUGCCGUGCUACUUAUACUGCUGAUACGCGGCAUCACCUUGCCGGGCUCUGCCAUGGGCAUUCAGUAUUAUUUGAGUCCCAACUUUGAUGCCAUCUACAAGGCCGAGGUGUGGGUCGAUGCUGCCACCCAGGUGUUCUUCUCCUUGGGUCCAGGAUUUGGCGUGCUUCUCGCCUACGCAUCCUAUAACAAAUAUCACAACAACGUUUACAAAGAUGCGCUGCUCACGAGCUUCAUCAACUCCGCAACGAGUUUUGUCGCUGGCUUCGUGAUAUUCUCCGUGCUGGGCUACAUGGCGCACACGUCGGGCGUGAGAAUUGAGGAUGUGGCCACCGAGGGACCAGGCCUGGUGUUUGUCGUCUACCCAGCAGCAAUCGCAACGAUGCCAGGCAGCAUUUUCUGGGCGCUAAUCUUUUUCAUGAUGCUGCUUACGCUCGGCCUGGACAGCUCGUUUGGUGGCUCGGAGGCUAUUAUCACGGCACUGAGCGAUGAGUUUCCCAAGAUCCGGAAGAAUCGUGAGCUCUUUGUGGCCGGGCUGUUCUCGUUGUACUUUGUUGUCGGCUUGGCCAGCUGCACUCAGGGCGGCUUCUAUUUCUUCCAUCUGCUGGAUCGCUAUGCCGCCGGCUACUCCAUACUCGUGGCGGUGUUCUUCGAGGCGAUUGCUGUCUCCUGGAUCUAUGGCACCAAGCGCUUCAGCGAUGACAUACGCGAUAUGAUUGGCUUUCCGCCGGGCAUGUAUUGGCAGGUGUGCUGGCGCUUCGUGGCGCCCAUUUUCUUGCUCUUCAUCACUGUCUACGGCCUGCUGGGCUACGAGCCGCUGACCUAUGGCGACUAUGUCUAUCCCAAUUGGGCAAAUGCCCUGGGCUGGAGUAUAGCCGGCUCCUCGGUGACUAUGAUACCGGCCGUGGCCAUCUACAAGCUGAUUGUAACACCCGGCAGCUUCAGGCAGCGUCUGCGAACACUCACAACUCCGUGGCGGGACCAGCAGCUGGCGGUCAAUGGCGUUGCCACCGAGGUGACUGUCACCCUGGUCCGCUUGGCCGACACCGAGGCAAACGAUGCGGCCGAUGUCUGAGUUCGACCGAUGGCACGUUUUCAAAUUUACUACGUGUAGGUUUGAUAGUUUCCCAACAACUUCAACAUUAGUAUUAACCUUACCCUGAGUGUGUGAA